AUGAAUAAAAAAGAUAACUACAAGUACGAUCGCCAAAUUCGUCUUUGGGGUGUCGAAGGACAAAAAUUGAUUGAUUCUACAAGUCUUGUUGUAUUUGGUUCUUCGAUUUUAGCCACUGAAUUUCUGAAAUCAAUGACUCUUCAUGCUGUUCACAAAAUCUACAUCAUCGAUGAUGCCAAGGUUGAUCAAACAGAUACAUUGCAAAACUUCUUCGUUGAGUCAGACACAAUUGGCCAAGAUCGCGCAGUUGUUACAGCAAAUCUUCUUAAAGAGCUUAACAGUGAUCCAGAAUUCGAGCCAAUCAUUGAUUCCCCAACAAACUACGCCAUCCUCAAUGAUCCAAAGUUCGAUUCUUCCUGCUUUAUCAUCACAUAUGGUACAAUUAAGCCAUCAAAGAUGAAUGAGCUCUCAGAAAUUGUCCGCGGGAAGCAUAUGAGACAAGCCCACUUCGCAUGCACCGGAUUUUACGGCGGAAUCUACUUAGAUGGCGGAAGUCAUUACGCAUUUCAAGGCGGCUCCAUGUUCAACCAACAGGACUGGCAUCUUGUCCAUCCAAUCCCAGCCCUCUUGAAAUACAUCGAAGACAGCAAUUACAGUUCCCUUUCUGGCCAUGACAAAAUACAAUAUCCAUGGAUUAUUAAGGGCCUUGUCGAGAAACAACGUCUUAUUAAGAGAAUGGAAGAGCUCGAAAAGACUACAGGAGAAGCUCCAGUCAUCACCGCUGACACAUUAAAGAAACAAUGCGAAAUCGAUUGCGAAUUCGUUGAUACUCAAAUUCUUUUGAAAGAUGUUAUUGACAACAGAUUGCAGUUCUUCAGAGAACCUAAUUACCCUAAUUUAACCAAAGCAAUUAAACAAAGUGAAAAAAUGCCCGAUACAGACUUCUGGAAAUGUGUCAGAGCCAUCAAGAAGUUCAAGGAAGACACAGGAGAUUACCCAGUUAUCGAUACAAUUCCUGAUUUGGAGUGCAAAAACAAAAUUUUCCUUGAUAUCAAGAAGAUUUACAAAGAAAAGUACUUAGAAGACGUCAAGAAGAUGAAAGAGUACUUACCAGAUGUCGAAGAGUCAUUUGUUGCAGAUUUUGUCCGCUAUUUCUCCAAGAUCGCCGGUCAUGAGUACAAACCUCUUUCAGAAGUGAUCCAAACUGUUUCUCCAAAGCCAGCAAUCAAUUACCAGGCAGAGUACGUCGAAGUCUGCUUCAUUGCUGCACGCGAAUUCGCUGAGAAAGAGAACAGAGCUCCACAAGUUGGAGAUGAAUCAGCUGUUUACGAAAUCGCGAAGAAACACCUUCCAAAAGAUCACAACUUAGAUCCAGAGACAGAGCUGAAGAAGACAGUCGAUGAAUACGUCAGAUUCAACGACAAAGCAGUUCCAAGCGUUGCAUCGACAGUUGCAGCAUUCACUGCACAGGAAGUGACGAAGAUGAUCAUCAGACAGCAGACUCCUGUCAGAUACCCUGCAAUCUUCGAUUUCAUCAGAAACAAGACUAGUGCUAGUGGUGAAUAUAUCGAAUAA